AUGGAGGAGGAGGUCAACGAGGGGAAGAAGGAAGGGGACAAAGGAGGUAGCGAAGAUAACGACACUCUAUAUGAUGAAUUAUUUUCUCUCGUUUGUUCGGACAAGGAUAUUGUUAAAAGGGAGGCUUUUAAAAUCCUGUUAGGUCUUAUUGACAAUGAGUCGAUGGUGGCAUACAUAAAGAACAACGAGAAGAAAUGUUUGAAGAUUUUGAUUUCCGCACUGAACUCCAAUUACGAGGUGGUUGCUCUCCAGUGUUUGGUGAACCUGUCCGCACACAUCCCCAAGGAACUAAUACAGAGGAACCUCAUCGAAAUUGUGUUCGACAUCCUGAGGGACGAAGAGGAGACCGAGGCGAAAGGCCACACGGAGAUGUACAUCAUGCUGGUGGCAAACCUCUCGAGGGAAAAGGCAGGAAUAUAUAAAAUUUUGGACCUCCCGGAGGAGAAGCAAAAAGGGGAGGUGCAGACGGAGGAGAAGGCGAAGAAGGCGGAGCAGGAGGAGAGGAACGAGUUAGCCGUGAGUUACUACCUUAACAAGCUGCUGCACCUUUUCUCCAAGCCAAUCGUCACAGCUUCGAUUAAUAAGCAGAUCACAGACAAGUAUUUUUUUAUUGCACAUAUUUUAAUUAACGUAUCAUCUGUAAAAGAGUGCGUCGAGUUUUUCAAAAGCGUGUUUCUUUUGAAUAUGUUAGGCAAGCAGAUGCUCCAACAGGAUAGAUGUGCAGCUGUACUUCAAUGCGUAAUAAAUCUUUGCCUGAGUGAGGUUCUUCAUCCUUAUGUGUUUCAUGAAGACUGCUAUUUAAUACCUCGUGUCCUUUCUCUUGUGUACACACGUGAAAAGGCUAGCGGAGAGGAAUUUUUAAACCUUUCGUCGAUAGCUACUAGCCAAAAAGGGACAAACAAAGAUCCAGUACAUCAGCUCAUUCUGGAUAUAUGUGACAUCAGCCACCUGGCCGACAUGUACACAGAGAUCACCCCGGGAUGCAUUUACAUCGAGUGA